AUGCUUAUAACUGUACGAAGCAUGACAGUACAGGGUUUAUCCCUUACGAACUUAUGUUCGGAAGGAAACCGAGACUGCUAAUCGACCUCGCUUUCAACAUCUCUGUGAACAAGCAACAUGAGAAGACUCACUCUCAGUAUGUGAGCCAUCUGAGAAAUCAACUGGAAGAGAGCUAUAGAUUGGCUACCGAGAAUGCUGCAAAAUCUGCUGAAAGAAACAAGGCACGAUUUGACAAAAGAGUCACUGAAUCAACCCUAGAGAAGGGUGAUCGUGUGUUAGUGAGGAAUGUGAAACUGAGGGGAAAACAUAAAUUGUCAGAUAAAUGGGAAUCUGUUGUGUAUGUUGUGGGCAGAGCAGGAGAACUCCCAAUGUACACAGUAAAGCCUGAGAACAAGGCUGGGCCCCUACGUACAUUGCACAGAGAUUUGCUCCGACUGUGCAACUUCCUAUCACCAGAAGAAGCUGACCUUCCUAUUUCUAAGGUUAAGAGACCAAGAACAAGGCAGAUGCCACCCAAAGAGAAUUCAGAAGAGUCUGAUUCUAACUCUGAAUCUGAUGACUACCCAAUCUACUAUUCUUCAGUUCCCUUAAGGCUUGAACCAGUGGAAAUUGUUCAGAUCCAUGAGGAUGAAAGAAUACCAGUUGACUCUAACUUCAGAAUCCAGCAUGAACCAGCUGUAAAGAACCCGUCUGCUGAACCUGAGAUACCUGAAAGAGAAAGCUUACCUGAGAAGAUCCCUGUAAAAGAAAACCUACCUGAAAGAUUAGCAGAAAAUGAAUACUUACCUACAGACCAUGUUGAUGAUCCAGCUCUAAAUUCUGAAAUGCUGCAUUCUGCUACACCUGCUGAAGAGGUACCAGAAAUGCAGAACACCUACAGCCUUCCACAGAGGAAUCUGAGGAUGAAGAAACUCCAGCAUCAGUGAGACGCUCCACAAGACACAGAGCAAAAGCCAAGAGACUAACCUAUCCAGAGCUAGGCAAUCCUCUGAUAUCCAUUGUCCAGUCCCUAUUCCAAGGUAUGACGACUGCCCUCACUCAGUCUCUUAUAGAAGCUGCCUCUAUGGAAUAUGCCAAUCCUGCUGUGAGACAUCCCCCUAGUCCAAUGCACAGGGACGUGCAUGCAGUUAAAGACGGGAGGGUGUAACCCAGGUCUUAAAUGGGUCACAAAGACAUCAAUUAGAUAACUGCAGAAAGUAAAUAAUGAAUAUAUAUAUUUAUUUAUUAUAAUUUUUAUUUAUUCUGAAACAGUAUAAAUUAAUUAAUAGAAAAAGAAACUCCCAAGAAGUGUUUUAAAAUGAAAAGGAAAUCGGUUUUAUUUAUUUUAGAUAAUAAAUAAAAUAAAAACUUUUAGGCGCUAAACAGCAGCCAAUCAGUUCUUCAGAUGAUCCAAGGUGCAAAACAGCAGCCAAUCAUAAUAAUCCUUUAAGGGACAGAGGCGGAGCCUGUUGGUUAGUGGACGUCAAUCCCUGGCUGUUUUAACCCAGAAAGUUCUGCGGGAGAAGAGAGACAGGUCAUGUAAGAAGUUCUCAGUUCAAAGUAUUAUAAAAAUACUAGAAAACGCUAGAAUUCAGUGCUGUAGAUAGUGAGUAAAUCACUACCAAGCUGACCGCUGUUAGAUUUGAGGCUGCAGAGUGGAGGAAGGGAGAGAGGCUCACUUAUUGUGCCUCGUGAAACUUUGCCAGUUACACGCUCCGGUAAUCUCCAGGUGGAGGUAGAACCUGGUGUCCAUGUGCCCUGGGGUGGUGUGUGAAAACCCUGGAUAGGAUUCGGCCAGUUUUUUUGUUGGGUGGAAUGGAUUGGAUGAUCUUCCCGAACACUCCUCGUGUCGUUCAGCUGCACACGGCCGGUGCAGUGCGCGGUGCUAGGAUGGCGAGCCAAGCCCGAGGACCCAAGUGACUUCAUUACACUUCAUUCACAUUUUUCAAACACUUGAUAGUGAACAUUAAAGAAAAUUCGUGGAUUGUUUAUUUUUUUUGAAAGAAAAGGACACUCUUGAAUACAAAGAUACUGAAAAGGUUAAACUUUAAUUGGUUGGAUUACUGUUAUUUAAUUUUGAUAAUUUCUAAGUGGUUUUGAUAUUCAUUUAUUGUUUCUGCUACAGAGAAUUGUUAUUUUUUAUUUUUUUGUUGAUUGUUAAAGGGUAUACUAUUGGUGUAAAAUAACCUAGAGGUUUAAUUGGAUAACACUAAUUAUAACAAUACUUACCUUUAA